UCACAAUGUAAAUAAAUUCGCUUCAACGUUGUUGUUACAAGUUCCGUAACGUAUAUUGAAGCGCGUAUAUUCAUUUAAUUUGUUAAUCACCAGAUUUAAUGUGAAAGUUUUUGAAUAAUAUUUCGUAUGCUUGGCAACUGUAAGUUAAAUUGUACCUUUUGUUUGCUUAUUUCCCCAUUGCUCGCUCAGAGCGGCCGUGAACGCCGGCUUGUGAAAUUGCGAUGAUUUGGGACAACUUUAUCAAUGAUUGUACAUUUUGCUCUUAUUUAGUAAUAAUCAUAGCCUGUACUCUGUCUGGUGUGGCCGGCAUUGCACUAUCAGGAUAUUGCUGGUAUAAGUAAGUAGACAUUCAAUUUUUGUGCAGUUUAUAUUUUUGUCUCUCUGGGGAUGCAGCUGUCGUCGUCAAAACAAGCGCCUUUCAUGCACCUCGAGAAUGUGGGUUCGUCUGUCGCUGCGGACUCGUGCCAUUUACCUGCAUGAACAGUCUGUCCAGACAAGGUGGCACCCGCGAUCCCUUCAGGAAAAAAGUAAUUCAUACCAAUUUUCAUACUCUAUUCUGCCUCAAACUCUCUCUCUCUCUCUAAGUUUUGUUUUUAAUACCUAUUUGAUCACCGCUUUCCCUUGACUGCCUCUUCAUGUGCCUUUGGAAACUGUUUUGCGCCCCUAUAAUCUGUAGCUUUUGGGCCUCGAGAUUUUGUCGGAAACUGCCAAACUCCGGAAGUUUGUCAUCACUCCACCGAAAGUCAUCAUUUUUGUCGAGGUACUUCGAUUUCCUCCCUCGGAAAUUUUGACAGGGUGAACUUUAGGACAAAUCCCGAACUAACCACAAUUCAGUCGUAGUUGUGCUGGAGUUAUAUGGUGGCAGCCAGCAGGGCCAUUACUAUGGCACAUUCCUGGAAACACAUGCCGGGAUGAAUGAAUGAGUCUUCCAUUUAAAAUUUAUAGGAUAUCCCUUUCAGACGCAAAAGGUUCUGUUAUCAAUAGGGGUUCCGUCUAGACGGGAUAAAUGACGUGAUCAUAUAAUAUUGCAUUGAUGUUGCAAACGGGCUCUCGCCGGCAACGUUUCGCUGGGAUUAUAUUAACAGGCAAAGCCCCGAUCAAAUGAGAGUUUAUGAGAGUUCCGGCUCUCGCUCGCAUUUCAUCGAUUAUUUGUACUAACCAGGGGGCGCACAUUGGGGAGGGGUUGGGGGUGUCAAAGUCGGUCCCAGUUUUGAUUGAGACUCUAUCAAAUGUAGGUCCCGAAUUUGUAUGGCAGUUGUAUAAUCCACAAGCCACAAAUGUCUGGUGUAGACAGGAGCAUUUUUUCAUCCAGAUUCUUCAUCUCCGUGCCGAAAGGUGCAUUUCCGAGCCUCAACUUUGCAAAUUUUUUUCCCGGAGAAGCCUGCCCCCGGACCUCCCGCCAGGUUUCAUCGCUCCUAUUAUGUUACAUCAUGUUAAAUCAUGUUUUGGCUGCCGUGUUUUCACUUGACGUAAACGUUUUACGCUGCCGUGAACGUCAAUAUUAACUUCUCUAAUAUCCAAUUCGUACCGGAACAUGAAUGAAUGAGAGUUAAAAAAAACUCUAAUGUAAACUCUCGCUUGCCGCACUCUCAUCAACUCUUGUCCCCUUUUAACCAGUGCUUAUGCUUUCGACUCGCUGUCGAUGUCUUUCAGCUGCAAAUAUAAAGAUGAUUAGCACACCCAUUCCUUUGGUAGACGAAACGUUUUAUUAUAGCUUUAGUAUUAGUAUUUGACCUCCAGACACACUGGACGCGAUUCGACAACGCGACGCGAUUUUUCGUUUUUCACUGACCGAUAACUUUGAUCCUAGUUUAAAUUUUCCAAAUAUUUAGAAGCGUUAUAACCUGAUUUUGAGUUAUUUGGUCUACAUAUCUUUUAAAAUUUGCUCUCAUUGGCGGUUUUAUUAACUUUCAAAAACUAAAAAAUCGCGUCGCGUUGUCGAAUCGCGUCCGGUGUGUCUGGACCUUAAGUAAGUUGUUGCCUGGGCCAAAAAUUCACUUUCAGUAUAUAAUGUGGAAAACAUAACUCGCUUUGUAAUGUAUUCUCUGUAGGCUUCACUAUAGUGAUGACAAAGUGACCAAAAGUGAUUAUAUUCCAGGAGUUAAAAAACAGAAUGGCAAAAGUACACCAUCUAAGGUGAGCUGCUACUCUAACGAUUGAAACCGGAAGGUGGG